UACUCAGUUAUAAACAAAUGUUGACGUCGUGAUUUAACAAAUAAAUGCAGGAUUUUAAUUCACUUCAUUAAGAACUGUUUCCCAAGCAUUAUAUAAAACAUUGUGACACCUAACCUCAAACCAUGAUAUGUACAUUUAAAGCUUAAUAACCUAGAAACUCAUACCUUAUUUGCGCUUUGAUACACAACAACAAUAUGGAGGAAGAAAUAAACGACGAGAGAGGCACAAGCGACGCGGAUCUCCCCAUUGCCAUCCAGAGAAAUGUUACGAAUCGACAACUGAAUAGAAAAGCUUUCCUCAUCUAUCCAACUCUGCCAAAGGGGAAAAAUAUUGACCGUGAAAUUAAAUACAUUCAAAAGAAGUUCUCUGCUAUAAGAAUUGAUUUGAAAUGCCAUAAAAUGGGCCUUUCCAAAUCUAAAAAGAGGCGUCUACGCAGAAAACGUCAAGAACGGGCCAGACUUAAUAAGGGUACACCCGAUAUGAAUAAAGUUGCAGCGAACCCUGUCUUAGUAGGAAGUACAGAAAGCAAAAAUAAUGGCAUUAAGAAUGAGCUUGAUGUAAAAAUUAAUAUUUUAGCUCACAGGGAAGUAAAUAAAAAUGUAAGCAUUUUAUAUCCUAAUAAUUCAAAGCAGGGUUCAGACACAGUUUCAAAAAGUCCUAAUAAGUUAGCUAGUGAAAUCAUUGCAGAAACCCAUAAAUCGAAUGAAAAUAAAAGUAUUUUUUCUCCUAAUGAAUCGGAGCAUGAAAAAGAUAGUCGAUUAUCUUCACGAAAGCGAAAGAAAAAUGAGCACCCAUCGAAAUGUGCAAACCUAUUCCCUACUCCUAGUUUUAAAACCGCAAAAGAAAAUGAAAUGUCUGCACAAAGUAUAACAGAAGCUGUGUGUUCGUCCAAAAUUAAUGAAUCAUUUGCACAUAGAAACUUGAAUAAUGAAUUAUCAACACUAAAGUUAGCUGAAAGCAAACUUUUUACGAAAAAUGCUAACAUAUUUGCUUCUAGUAGCUCUAAAUCUACAAAUCAUAAUGAAUCUAUAGAAAAGCUUAAGAAAACUAAAGACCUCGAAGCCUCGAAAAGUAAAAGUGAAACAUCUUCCAAAAAAUAUAAACUUGUUAAGUUAGCCACAAAAGCCGAUAUAGACCCCAAGUAUUUGUUCCAACCUAUCAAGGUUGCUAAAUUAUCUGCAGAACACAGUAUGGACACUAAGAUUGCGUCUCAAAGUAAAAGCAAAUUAGCUUCUAAUAACUCUAAAACUACAAUAGAGAAUGAAUCUAUAGAAAAGCGAAAGAAAACUAAACACGCCUCAAAAAUUAAAAGUAAAACAUCCCCUAAAAGAUAUAAACCAGCUAAGGUAGCCCCAAUAGACGUUACAGAGCCCAAAAAUUUGUUCCAACCUAUCAAAGUUGCUAAAUUAUCUGCAGAACACAAUAUGAACACUAAGGUGACGGAUCAAAGUAAAAGCAAAUUAGCUUCUAAUAACUCCAAAACUCCAAAAAUAGAUAAUGGAUUAUCUGCACAAAAGCCGCAGAGAACUAAGCGCUUUUCGAAACGUAGAAGAAAAAUAUCUGCUAAAAAUAGUGGAGUCCAGACUGAUUUAGUUAUUGAUAAAAUUAAAAGUCAUGAACUUUUCUAUUAUUCAAUCGAACUAACAGGCAAUUUGAACUUACUACGAACAAAUGAUAUUUUUUUCAUGUUGAAUAUUCAAAAUUCAUUGCCAACAAAAGAUUGGAUUUUCAUAAAACGAAAAGAAAUAAUCAAAGGAAAAAGUGAGAUUUCAUUUGUCUUCGAUCGAGCUACCUUAACAUCUCUAGAAAAAAUGCAGUUUAAAGCUUCAGUGCUCAGAUCAACAGUUACUUUCGUAGAAUAUGUAUUUAAGAAAGCUUUUUUACCCAACUUGUAUCAACCAUUCGAUUGGUUAGGCGAAUGGAGCGAUUUCAAGACAGUACUGAAUAAAAACGAAGACAUAGAUUAUUAAACUAGUCAGCUACAACUACUAAAGUUCCCACGACAAUCGGGUCUACAUAACCGGAACGUAGCCGGAUUUUUAUCUGGUUAAGAACUGUCAACUCGGCAGAAUUCUGCCGCUGCAACAACAACAACUAAAGCGAAUUUAAUGCACCGAAGCAAAAAACUUGGAAAAUAAUCUACCUCAUGCUGCCGAUGUACAAUCAGCGAAACAACUAACCUCAGUGCAUCUUCAGAGAAAGAGUAAACUCUACAAAAAAUUUUGUGUGGACAUCAGUUUAUUAGCAGAAAGAAAUAAGCUAUUAACUCUAAGAAUUGAAAAAAUUAAUGUUACAUUUGCAAUUAUAUAUUAUUAUUCAUUAUACUCACCCUAUGCAAACCA